AUGACGAGCCUGCGGCGCUUCACUGCCCACGACUUGCUGCAGUUCAACAAUGUGAACUUGGACUACUUCACAGAGACGUACAACCUCAACUUCUACCUUGAAUACCUUGCCAAGUGGCCAGAGUACUGCCAGAUGGCUGAGGGACCUGUCAAGCAGUCCAUGGGAUACAUCUUUGGCAAGGUUGAGGGCAAGGGCGAGAAGUGGCAUGGCCACGUGACGGCGGUAACAGUGGCGCCCGCCUACCGCCGGCUGCGCCUGGCGGAGAAGUUGAUGGGGCUGCUCGAGGACGUGACUCACACCAUGCACGCCGGCUACUUUGUGGACCUGUUUGUGCGGGUGUCCAACGCUGUGGCUAUAAAUAUGUAUACCAAGGCGCGUCUCCUGCAGUUUGGGUACACAGUCUACCGGCGAGUGCUGGAGUAUUACAGCAACAACGAGGAUGCCUUUGACAUGCGCAAAGCGAUGCCGAGGGAUGUGCAAAAAAGGUCUGUGGUGCCUCUCAAGAAGCCAGUGCGGCCAGAAGACCUCGAGUUUGAUUGA